CCCGAACCUAUCUCGAGCUAGGUAUCACGGAUUCCAUCAUAGGAAACAGCGUCAGCAGAUUAACAAACAGACUAUAGCAGCACACUGAUCGCGCGCAAGGGUAGCUCCCCAACAAUUGUCAAUCAGCUUCGUCCUCUUACGAUCUAGAUUUGAUAUCAUUCCGUUUGAACCCUUUAACCCGCACAUUCCGGUCCCGGAUAAGCAUCUCCGUCCCAAUAGGCCGCGUACCGCUGCCACAUAGUGGAUCUAUCAUCUCGCCCGCCGGUGGUAUCCCGGGUCCGAUAUCAACCACAAGCCAUCGAAGCGCGUCUGAAAAAGGACACCGAAUCAAGGGCAGAUUGGCGGUGGAGAGACUGUUGAUAUGUUGAAGACACCACAACAGAAGUUAUGGAAGGUCGUUCGGCAAGCGUGGAACUGGAAGCCUAAACCGGCUCGCUACGACCCGGAGAAGCCACCGGAGUUCACCGUCUGGCUCAACAUUCUGUUUGCCUUUGCAUCCUGUUUCACGGUAUCCAACCUCUACUACAACCAGGCCAUCCUCAACCGCAUCGCCGAGAGCUUCGACGUCACUUUUGAAAAGGCCUCGUCGGUCGCCACCCUGAUGCAGGCGGGCUAUGCAGGCGGACUGCUGCUCAUCUGUCCGCUGGGCGACAUUUUCCCGCGCCGGCCCUUCAUCCUCGCCCUCGUCGGCUUCACCGCAACGGUGUGGCUAGCCCUCUGCCUAACGACAUCCUUCCCCGUCUUCAGCGCCGUCUCCUUCGUCUGCGGCUUCACGACCGUCACGCCGCAGCUCAUGCUCCCGCUGGUGGGCGACCUAGCCCCGCCGCACCGCCGCGCCAGCUGCCUCGCCAUCGUCGUGUCGGGCCUGUCGCUCGGCGUGCUGGUCGCGCGCAUCCUGGCGGGGGUCAUGGCCGCCUACACGGCCGACUGGCGCGGCAUCUACUGGUUCGGCCUGGGCGUGCAGUGGCUGGUGCUGGCGCUGCUGUAUCUCUUCUUGCCAGACUACCCGAGCAAGAACCCCGGCGGACUGGAGUACGUCGGUGUCCUGGUGAGCAUCGGCCGGUUGCUGGCCACGGAGCCGCUGCUGCUGCAGGCAGCGCUGGUGGCGUUCCUGCUGAGCGCCGUGUUCACGUCGUACUGGACGACGCUGAGCUUCCUGCUGUCGAGUCCGCCGUACGGCUACUCGAGCGUCGUGGUGGGAUUGUUUGGCUUGAUUGGCGUCGUGGUGGUGCUCGCGGCGCCCGUGUACAGCAGGCUGGUGAUCGACAAGGUGGUGCCGCUGGCGUCGGCUGUGGCGUCGCUGACGGUCGAGCUCGUGGGUGUGAUCGUCGGCACCUUUACGGGGUCGUCCCACGUUGCGGGGCCGGUGAUCCAGGCGAUCGCGAUCGACCUUGGCUUCCAGCUCACGCAGAUCGCGAACCGCUCGGCCAUCUACAGCAUCCAGCCGAAGGCGAGGAACCGGGUCAACACCGCCUACAUGGUCGUGUCCUUCUCGGGGCAGUUGACGGGGACGGCAGUCGGAAACAGGCUGUAUGCCCAGGGCGGAUGGGUGUAUAGUGGCAGUUGUAGCAGUAAGUUUUCAACUUCGUUUAAUGAGGCGGGUUGGUCACAUUUUGUCAAUGCUUACGUGCCCACAGUCGCCUUUGUCGGACUUGCCAUCGUUAUCAGUCUUGCCCGCGGCCCCAGAGAGAGCGGCUGGAUAGGAUGGUCUGGGGGAUGGGCAGUACGGCGAGAUGACUUGCCAUCUACAGAAAAGGGAUCUGAUACCGAAGCUGAUGCAGGAAUGGUCCAAACUGAGCUAGCUGUUGACAUAGACAACGAAAAUAAGGAGGCUAGAGAGGCAAAGUGAUCAUUCUAGGGAUAGAAGUAACCGUUAUGCGCUGAUGAAGUGUGACGUUGCCGUUGCUAUUCAAUUCAAAAGCCCAAUGACUUACUGUCUGCCGACCUCUCAAGCAAAUUGAAGCCAUAACAUACCAUACACACGUGUAGACAGCGAUUUGCUCUGGACGGAAGCACCAUAGGUGGUUGCCACAUGGAGAAUGGACCAAACACUUAUUGGAGCCACCCUGGACUUCCAGACCGUUCUGGACGUUCGCGCCUGCCCUCUUGGGCCUUCCUGGGUCG